GCUUUAUGUGGAGAUGUUGUCUAAACUUCUCUCUGUUUGUGUCUCGGUCCACAGGAACACACUCUCUGAAAUACUUCUACGCUGGUGUGUCUGGAGUCAGUGGCUUCCCAGAGCUCACUGCGGUUGGUCUGGUCAAUGAUGAGCAGUUUAUGUACUUUGACAGCAACAUGAAGAAAGCUGUGCCGAAGACAGACUGGAUCAGACAGAAUGUGGGAGCAGAUUACUGGAACAGCCAGACUGAGAUUGAUAUUGGCCAGCAUCAGACCUUCAAAAACAACAUCCAGGUCGCAAAGGAACGCUUCAACCAGUCAACAGGUAAAUUGGUAACAAACCAAUUUAAUUUAAAAACCAACAAGCCAAAAUAA